AUGGAUGACCUUGUACCCCCGCCAAAUGAGCGAGGCAGUCUCCUAUACAAUAGCGUCAUUGCUGGAGCAAUUCCUCGACGUCCUCAACCACAAACUAAUGACGAGGUGAAGCGGGAAACACCAAAAACUGAUACCACCGAACUUAAUGAAACCAACGCCAAUUGGAAACUCCUACGCGUCACCGCUAACGCCCACAAUGGCUGGGUCCGAAGCGUAUGUGUGGACCCGUUAAAUACGUUCAUUGCCAGUGGUGGGGCUGAUGCUGUGAUAAAAGUGUGGGACAUGACGGCGGUGAACGUCAAGGCCGAGAUCACCGGCCACAUUCUCCCCGUUCGAGCAUUAGCGGUGUCGCUGCGAUACCCUUACCUUUUCUCGGGAGCUGAAGAUAAAACUGUUAAAUGUUGGGACUUGGAACGAAGUCACACGCCUCACUCAUUGGUUCGAGACUACUACGGCCACGUUGGCGGGGUGUACGCGGUGGCAUUGCACCCUGAGCUUGACCUCUUAUUUACCGCGGGGCGAGACCAGGUGGUCCGGGUAUGGGACAUCCGGAGCCGGACUCAAGUGAUGCUUCUACAGGGACACACCAACGACAUCUCCGGGUUGGCGACGCAGGCGAUGGACCCUCAGGUCAUCAGCUCGCUGAUGGACAAAACCGUGUGUCUUUGGGAUUUGCGUAAGGAACAACGAGCACUCCAGAUCACUCAACACUCCAAGAGCGUGCGGGCCAUUGCUCUUCACCCCAAGGAGCUCACGUUCACUCUGGGUGACCUGGCAGGAAAAUACAUGCAAUGGCUUCUUCCGCGAGGCCAGCUCCUACAGAAGUUUGCGACCGCCUCCCCGGAUAAAAUAAUUGAAACCAUGUCGAUCAACCCCGUCACUAAUGAAAUCAUCGGCGGGUAUGCAAAUGGCAAGCUUGAAGUGUGGGACUAUGUUCAAGGUAUAUCUACACAGACACUCCAUUCGACCGCGGUCAACACUACCGAGCCCAGCCCCAUAUUCACCUCGGCAUUCGACAUGCUGGGAUCACGAUUGUAUACGGGAGAAGGCGACAAAUCAAUUAAGGUGUGGGUGAAUGGCGAACUAGAUUAA